UUGAGUAAUUUAGAGCAGUGUCAAGGGAAACAGUUAUGCAUUUUUGCAUUUCUUCCUCACAUUCUCGACUGUCAAGCAAAGUGUCGUCAGAACUAUCUGAAUAUUCUGCGUGAAGUGGGGGAACACUUUAAGAAGAAUGGAUGGGGAUGGGUCUGGGCUGAAGGAGGAUCUCAGUUGGGUUUGGAAGAAGCUUUCGGUGUCGGAGGAUUUGGUUAUCCCGCCAUGGUGGCUUUGAACUACAGAAAAAUGAAGUUUGCUGUACUCAGGGGCUCCUUUGAUAGAGAUGGUAUACGUGAGUUUUUGCGGGACCUGAGUUUUGGGAAAGGACAAACUGCGCCCAUUAAGGGAGCUUCGUUUCCCUCCGUCAUCAGCAUGGAGCCUUGGGACGGGAAGGACGCCGUGCCGCCCAGUGAGGAGGACGCAAAUCUAUCCGAAAAUGAGCGCAUCGAGUUAUGA